AUGGCAGACAUCUAAAAAUUUUAAAUCGAUAAUAAUUCUGAAACGAAUAAAAAAGAAGUAAAGGAUGAGUAUAAGCAUCUUCCAAAUAUUACUGGGGCUUUCUAACCCUUAAUUGGGAAAGUUAGUCCAUCUUCCAAAAGCAAUUUAGUUGAUAUAAGAGAAUAUGGAGACGGCAAAAACUAUCUUUAUAAGGUUAAUAAAAAUAUUGAUCAUAACAUUCUAUAAAGUACUCUCAAAUUGAAGAUUAAUAGGAAACAAGAGCUUACUAAGUUUGUCGAGGAGUUUGAGGACAAACAAGAAAGAUUAAAAGAAAUUAUGGUCAAUCAAGAGCAAUUAGACUCUGACUAAGUGUUCAAGUAAAAAACAAAAGAGAAAUAAAAUCAUUUAAAGUUUAAUAAAUAAGAUAUCUUAAGAACUCCUAUGUUUAAGAAUGAUACUUCAAGUGAUAAAGCGAGUAUUCAAUCUCUGAAUACUAACAUCGCAUAACAAAGCUUUGCAAAGUUAAAGCAAGAAUUUACAUAAGUAAAAAUACAUAGAACCUACGAAACAGACUUACAGUUACAAUCAGUAGCUGAGAGAAUUGAUAAGUAAAAAAGAUUUAAUAGAGACAGUGUUAAUGACGAAGAAUAAGAGGACGAUGAUAUGGAUGAUACUACUGAGAAUGGAAAAGAUUCCUUCAAACUACCUGAUCUUCGCAGGAUUAAUAAAUCGUAAAUAGAUGAUUAUGAUGACUUGUAGAAAAAAAAGAAAAAAUACUACACUAUGGUUAAUACUCCAAGAUAUAUUAGCCAAGAAAGUAAUCCUGGAUCACCCAUUAGAUAAAGUAUAUAGCCACCAUACAGCUUGCGUUAAGUCUCUAUAAAAAAUUCUGACAUGAUAAAGGACUAUAACAACGAGGAUUCUAAGCAGGUACUAACAAUAGAUAAAUAAAGGAAAAUAGACCAAUAGUUUGAAAAGAGGUUCAAAGUUAAAGACUUUAAACUCGAAAAUAUAAAGUUGCUUUAAUCAUAAGAAUCUGGAGCUCUAAGUCCAAGUAAAAUCAAAAGUAAGUCAAAAUUAAAUCUGCAAGUAGAAUCUUUAAAAAAAAUACCAGAUUUUAAAACACCAAGCAUGAAAAAUUAGUUAAAGACUUUUACUUUUAAGCAAAGAUAAUAAAUGAUAGACGAAGAGACCAUUUAGAGAUCCAAGCAUAUUAAAAUGCUUAAUCAAUCAAUUGAUAGUUUUGAAGAAGAUUUUACAUCAUUAGACUAGACAAAAGCUAAAUAUUAGAAUAGAGAAAAAUAGCAAAGCAAAAAACUGAGUUAGUUCAAAUAGAUUAGCAUAUCUCCUUUACGACCAUCUUAGUUUUAGCAAACAUAAGAUUCAUAGUAAGAUCCAAGCAUAAGAAAAGAUAUUGAAGAGGAUAGUAAUAGAACAUUUAUCUAACCACCAAAGUAGCUUAUACUUGAAUUGAAAGACUCUAAUACUGACACUUUUUUGACGGAACAAAUAAAAUUAAAAAUGGAAAACCAACCUUCAAUCAGGGUUUAAGCUUAAUCUUAACUCCAUCCAUCAUCAGAGUAUUUCCAAGAAUAACAGUAGAAUUGGUCGCAAAAUAUGUAUUUUGUUAUAAAGGAUAUAAAGAAUAGUCUAGGAUUGAACCAAGGUACCCCGAAGGCUUUGCCUGAGAAAACUCCAAAGAACCAUUCUAAUUGGAAUGAAUAAGGUUCAUUCCAAAAAAUUCAAGAUCUUGAGGAGAAAUAUGGAAAUAACUUCUCAAGUUCAAAUGUCCACAUAAAUAUUCCUAAAAUAAAUCUAUAAAAAAGGGGUAAAUCUAUUUCAAUAGAAACGAAGUAAAACUAAUCACCUUAAAUGAUUGCUAAGUAGUAGUAUAGAGAUCGUUUAGUCCACUAUGGUAAAUGGUAUCUUAAUCCUGAUUCUUUCAAUCGUAAUAUUAGCAAGAUAGCUAUGAAAUCAAAUGAUUUAUCAGAGGAUAAAGUACGCCAAAGAAUAUAACAAAUAAAGAACUAGAAUGAUGAUAUGAGUGAAGCAGUUAACAACGUCCUUAAAAACAGCUAGUUCGGCUAGUUUGCUGAUGGAGAUGAAACUAUGAGACAUACCUUUAUUAAUGGCGAGAAUACAAAGAAAAACUAAUUCGUAAAAAGAGAAAAUAGAGAAAAGUAAAUCCUUGAGAACCUAAAUAAAUUGGUCUAAUCUCUCAUUUGGAAACAAAGGUAGUUAUGA